UACCGGUAGCAAGUCAUGUCGGGCCGUUGGGUUUUGUUAACGAUCAGUCUGAUGCUCAUCGUAGGAUGUGUCUCGGCAAGGAGACAUCAUGACCAUCAUCAUCGGAUAAAGCCACUCAAGUACAGCUACGGAAUCUACGCUCCUACUGGCUGGACGGUUGCGCUUUACAUCUGGUACAUCGUCAAGCUGGGCUUUAUAUUAGGCGCUCUGCUACUGUUACUGUUUGCCAAAAAAUGGAACACCAACCGGCAGCCUAUUGUUUUUGAAAGUGCACCUGAAUAUUACCAUCAUCGGUCGUUGGACACAAUGGAGCCAAACCUUUUCCACCCAAGAAGCAGAAGAGAUGUGCGUCUUUACUGGAACGAUCGAAUAGAUGCUGUGCGAUCAACACUACGAUAG